GCAAACGCUUGCCACAGAAAAGGAGGAGCACUUUGUGCAAUGGAGUGCGAACGAGGUGGCUCUGAUUCCGUCUGUAGACUUCCGAAGAGGCUCCAGGCGAGUCCUGGUACGCAGCUUUCGUGAUACUUCGGCGGAGGCGCUUGGCCUUCAGCCUGCGGACGAGGUAACUCAUGUGAACGAGCUGGACUUCGUCUCGUGGCUUGAGGUUAAGGACCACGUGCCGGAGUUGAGGGACAACUUGAGGGUCAGGAUACUCAGGCCGGUCACCAGGGAGCAGGAUGCCGCGCAAGAGUUGACAGAGGAGCUUCCGCCUUCUGCGCCUUCCAAAGGCCGGGCAGCGCCAGGACCAUCCAGACUGCGUGUCUGGUUCAACAGCAAGCGCCACGCCGACAGACUGCUGGUUGGGGCACCGCUCGACAUUGGGGACGCGCUAAUCUACGACUCCAGGACUGUCCACUGGGGCAUGGCGAACUGCGAGAGCUAUCCUCGCUACGUGCUAUACUUGAACUUCAAGAGGGGCGGCUUUCGGGGCUCGUCUCCAGAUGCUAUUGCAAAACGGACAGCCUCUGCUCGCUGUCGGCGAGAGCGGCAUCUCUUUCGGGAACGGUUCAAGCGUGACCUGCACUACAUGCUUUAG